AUGAUGUUAUACCGAUUUUUUAUGUCUAUACUUGCCUGGGGGGCAAUACUCGGCAAUGUUGGAAAUGCUCAACCUUCUCCCCUUGACUCUUUUACAAAUACCAAACGGGCGACAAGCCCCAGCGAGGCAACCGCCUUUGCUAUUAUUUAUGGCUACCCAAUGAUUCAAUACGCCGCAAGCUUAGACUCCGUAAUAACUUCGGUCGGUACCAAUGCAAUAUUUAGCGAGAAGAAUACUGCAACAGCAGAUGAGGCAGCUAUUGUGCGGCCAAAUGUAGAUACACUCUACUCAAAAAUUGCCGUGGAUCUGUCUUCAUACGAGGUUGUCAUUACGAUACCGAAGAUAGAUGAUCGCUUCUAUGUUUUCCCGUUUUAUGACCUGUGGUCUAAUAAUUUUGCCAAUUUGGGAAGCUUAAACAAUACGGCGCCUGGAAAAUAUUUACUGAGACAUACACCCGGAAGAUCUGGAUUCGAGUCUUUGCCAAAGGACACUGGAUAUUUAGGCGCUGUCAACUUUCCCACGCCAUAUGGCCUGGUAUUGCCUCGAAUCUUGCUGAAAAAUAACUCAACCGAUCUCGACAUUGUACAUGCUAUUCAGGAUCAGAUCAAAGUUGAAAAAGGGAGGCAGACUAUUCCCCUGGCACCUCCCCUCUCCUACGAGUUGCUGGGAAGUGGCACUCUCGAGCCCUUAGCAUUAACGCCACCCGCAGCACUCGACACCAAUUCUGUCAAGGCUCUUUUGACGGUUGUAGCUCGGGUAGCUCCCUAUAAUCCUCCGGCCAAUGCAAGAGACAUUAUACCAGUGAGCUCAGUGCUGCGAGUAGCGGGUAUUUCUAAUGGCCGAUACUCACCAUCGACGUUCGUCAACUAUACAGAAGCAAACCAGAUAGCCAAUACGGCUUUAACGUCAACCGAAAAACUAAUACAGUUAUUCAACAACGAAUGGUUUGAUUACCCCCCGGAAGCCAGUGGGAACUUUCACAGCAGUUAUACAAUCAGAAGUAUCAUUGCCUACACAGGGUAUUUGCAACUGGUGCAAGACGAAGCUUUGUACCCCGAAUAUAUUGGCUCUGGCAUUCACGGCCUCUCACUGGCAGGCAAUGAGUCUUAUACUCUUACCUUCUCCGGGAAGCCACCUGUCAAAGGGUUUUGGAGCUUGACAGCCUAUAACAGCUCUAGCUACCUUAUCCCUAAUCCCCUAAAUAGGUAUUCUCUGGGGGAUCGGAGCAGCUUGACAUAUGAUGACAGUCAGCUGGUUUAUGGCACUGGCCGUAACGGCUCGUUUACUAUUCUUAUCCAGCCAGCCGAUGUAGCUCCUCCAGUCAACUGGACGAAUAACUGGCUCCCUGCACCAGCGGGAGGUGGCAAUUUCACCGUCAACCUACGGUUUUAUGGCCCGACGGGACCUUUGUAUGCUGGAGGAGCAUAUGCUUAUCCAGUUGUUAAAAAACAAGCCGUCAUUGUCCCUCAAUAA